AUGAUUCGACAUUUCACAACAUAUUUUGACCUCUACAAGGAUAACAUACCUAAAAACAUGCACAUCAUAGGUACACGAUUCAAAUCCUCAACCACAAAAUCGACUCUCUUAUUCAUUUACAAGAAGAUACUAGGGGAAGGAAUUUCGUUAAUGGGCUUUUAUUAUGAAAUUCAGAAGCUUAGUGAUGUUGAAAAGGAGCAUCAUGAUACUUUUGUUGAACAAGUGACGAAGUUGAAAGAGUCUGUGGAUCAUAAGGUGGUUGAACUCAAGUCCGAGAUUGCCAAAGAUGUUGAAAUGAUGGAGGAAAAUUACACUUUGUUGCAUAGCAAAGUUAAUGUUGUUGCAAAUGCUAUCACAAAGUUGGUUGAUCUUAAUACUAACUAUUCAUACAAGGUUGAUGGCAAGUUGGAGAAGGGUUAUCAGGUGUUCACAAAGCUGGAAGAAUUCUUAUCGUGUAUUAAGGAGUCUAUUUCAAAAGUUGAUCUUUCGAAUCAAUCAUUACUUUCCUAG